AGCGGGGAGCGCAUAGCAACAGGGUCUAGGAUGAAGCACGUUCGGCAGCAGCAUCUUCGGAAGCCAGUGACACCAGAUCUCCUGGUAAGCCCCAGCAGCCAGGAUGGGGACCUGGGCUCCGAGUGCCCAGAAGACAGAGGGAACUGGACAGGGCGCCUGGAUUUCCUCCUCUCCUGCAUCGGAUACUGCGUGGGCCUUGGGAACGUCUGGAGGUUUCCCUACAGGGCUUACACCAAUGGAGGAGGAGCUUUCUUGGUUCCUUACUUCAUCAUGCUAGCCAUCUGUGGGAUUCCCAUCUUCUUCAUGGAGCUGUCACUUGGCCAGUUCUCCAGCCUAGGGCCACUCGCAGUCUGGAAGAUAAGCCCUCUCUUUAAAGGCGUUGGCAUGGGCACGAUCCUCAUCGUCUCCUUGGUGGCCAUUUACUACAAUAUGAUCAUUGCUUACGUUCUCUUCUACCUCUUUGCAUCCCUCACAAGCGACUUGCCCUGGCAGCACUGUGGCAACUGGUGGAACACUGAGCUGUGCCUGGACCACCACGUCAUCAAGGCGGGGAACAACACCCUCCCCGUCAACAUCAGCAACACCGUCAGCCCCAGCGAGGAGUACUGGAGCCGGUAUGUCCUGCACAUCCAAGGAAGCUCGGGGAUUGGGGAUCCUGGGAGAAUCCGCUGGAACUUGUGUCUGUGCCUGCUUCUUUCUUGGACUAUUGUUUAUCUGUGCAUCCUUAAGGGAGUCAAAUCCUCUGGCAAGGUCGUGUACUUCACUGCCACCUUCCCGUACCUCAUCCUGGUGAUGCUGCUCAUUCGUGGCGUGACCCUGGAGGGGGCCUGGAAGGGGAUCCAGUUUUACCUCACACCCCAGUUUGAUCACUUGCUGUCUUCCAAGGUGUGGAUCGAGGCAGCCCUGCAGAUUUUCUACUCCCUUGGGGUGGGCUUUGGGGGCCUCCUCACCUUUGCCUCGUACAACACCUUCCAUCAGAAUAUCUACAGGGACACCUUCAUAGUGACCCUGGGCAAUGCCAUUACCAGCAUCCUGGCAGGCUUUGCCAUCUUCUCCGUUUUGGGAUACAUGUCCCAGGAGCUUGGGGUCCCUGUUAACCAGGUAGCAAAAGCAGGUCCUGGUCUGGCAUUUGUGGUGUACCCCCAGGCCAUGACAAUGCUCCCCCUUUCUCCAUUCUGGUCAUUCCUGUUCUUCUUCAUGCUGUUAACCUUGGGCCUGGACAGCCAGUUUGCAUUCAUGGAGACCAUCGUUACGGCAGUGACGGACGAAUUCCCCUACUACCUGCGGCCAAAAAAAGCUUCCUUCUCAGCUAUCAUCUGCAUCGCCCUCUUCCUGAUGGGGCUCAUCCUCACAACAGAGGGUGGGAUGUACUGGCUGGUCCUCCUGGAUGACUACAGCGCUGGCUUUGGUCUCAUGGUGGUGGUGAUCACUACCUGCCUUGUGGUGACACGUGUCUAUGGCAUGAAGAGGUUCUGCCGAGAUAUCCACAUGAUGCUGGGAUUCAAACCAGGGCCCUACUUCAGAACCUGCUGGAUGGUCCUAUCCCCAGCAACAAUGAUGGCUCUGCUGGUGUAUAACAUUGUCAAGUACCAGCCUUCUGAAUAUGGCAACUACCGCUUCCCCACCUGGGCAGAGGUCUUGGGCAUCCUCAUGGGAGUCCUCUCCUGCCUGAUGAUUCCCAUGGGCAUGGUGGUGGCUGUGCUCCAAGAAGAAGGGACACUGUGGGAGCGAGUCCAGCAAGCCAGCCGGCCGGCCAUGGACUGGGGCCCAUCCCUGGAGGAGAACCGCACCGGCGUGUACGUGGCGAGCCUGGCUGGCAGCCAGUCCCCCAAACCCCUGAUGGUCCACAUGAGGAAAUACGGGGGCAUCACCAGCUACGAGAACACGGCCAUCGAGGUGGACCGGGAGAUGGAGGAGGACGACGACGAGGAGUCCAUGAUAUGA